UCGAAGCUCGCCUUCCAUUGGCCGCAAUCUAGCUCCUUCGAGGAGCGAGCAAGCUGCACUUUCCUUGCUAAAAGUUGCUGUCUCAUGAGUCAUGACAAUGUUGCUCUGCAGAAUGUGAAAGCGCGUUGAAUGCCGCCAUGUUGCAGUAGAUUUCGUAGGAUAGUCCUGUAGACACCUGUGUGUGGCACCUGGCGAGUUUCCAGGUCCCCACUUGCAAUCCUAGACCUUCUCAUUAAUCCCUUGGCUUUUUUUGGACACCGGUUGAGCAAGCAACAUUUUAGAAGUCGGUGGUCACGCGUCGAUUGAAAAUCUCAGAAAUGGAGGGGAACGGGCAAGCAAAGCUGUGCCUGUUUUUGGUUUUGUUCGCAUGUUGCACUUUGUUCGUGGUUGAUGCUCGGCCCUUUGGUCUUGCAAGCAUUUUGAACUUACCAGGUUCUGCUGCUACCAGUGAGCAACCAGUGUUGAACAACCGGCCACUCAUUGGUAUUUUGUCUCAGCCCGGAGAUGGUGAUGGGGGCGAGGUUGUACACAAGGAUGAAGAAGCCAAGUACAACACAUCAUACAUUGCAGCAUCUUAUGUGAAGUUUGUGGAGACUGGAGGAGCGCGCGCUGUUCCAAUCAAGUACGAUGCUUCAGACGAGGAGCUAGAGCGGAUUUUCAAGUCCAUCAACGGCCUUGUGAUCCCCGGGGGUGGGGCCGACCUGCACCUCAACACCACCAUCAUGCACGCAGUCAGCAAGCUUCUGCAGCUAGCUAUUGAUGCAAAUGACCGAGGGGACUACUUUCCUGUGCAUGGGACGUGCAUGGGCUUUGAGGCCCUCAGCAUCUGGGUGACGCAGGAUGACGACGUUCUGGAGAAAUUUGUAGCGGACGGCAUCCCGGGGCCUCUCAACUUCGUUUCAAAGGAGGCGCGGCAUGGGUCCAUGUUCCGGGCCAUGAGCAACAAGCUCAAGGACAAGCUGGAGGUCAUGCCGCUCGGCAUGGAGAACCAUGACUUCGGGCUGUCUCCCGCGAAGAUGGUCAGCAACGGCGCCCUGUCCAACUUCUUCCGUAUGCUGACCACCACCCCGGACCAGAACGGCAAGGUCUACGUUAGCUCCGUGGAGGCGCGACACUACCCCAUCUACGGCACGCAAUGGCACCCAGAGAAGAACGUGUGGGAGUGGCACGCUCCCGCCAUCCCUCACUCGGAAGAUGCCGUUCUCCUUACUCAGGCGACGGCCAAUUUCUUAGUCAGCGAGGCCCGGAAGAGUGGGCACCGGCCUGCUAGCGUGCAAGAAGAGCACGAGCUGCUCAUUUACAACUAUCAGCCCUACUACUCGGGCAAGGACGAGAAGGGGUAUUUCGAUCAGGUCUACAUCUUUGACGCGCCCCCAGGUUCAAUAGCCCAGGGAAAGGCUGAUGCGAACAAUGCUUAGGCGCAAGGCAGGUCUAGAGCAGGUCUAGAACGGUGUACUAGACAAAGGGUUUCUCGGCUCUGAUUAGUGCUUCACGAAUAGUUCAGUCGAUGAGCAGACGGUAUUGAUUUCGAGGUGAUUGUACAUUCUGUGCUUCUAUCUGUAGGCAUGUGGGAAGUAAGCUAGCAGUAGCCUAGCUUAAGGACUCACAGGGGAUACGAAGCUGCGUGCUUGGCAGGCAGGCUAGCAAUCGCUUGCAGGUUCAAUUGGGGUUGAUGGGAUGGAUCAUAGCUCGCAGGAUUAUAUAAAGUUUGUCAGUGUAGAUUAGGCCCGUACAUAUAUACACGUUAGAAGGAAGGAAGAAGCUUACUGCACCCAUAUAUGUCUAGGGUGCAGUAGAAUCAUUAUCGGAAUUCAAACACUCUUAGUACCUCAGUGUAUGGUACAGUACCGACAUGGGCCAGUCACAACCCCUGUUCGGGCCACCAGGUUUCUUUUGGUAACAUCUCCGUCUCUCUCUAGAUAAACAUCCAACCAAGCUUACGACACCGUUGGCUCUAGUACAGUAAGCAACAUGGACAUGCAACUCAUGAGCGGCGCC